GCAGUCGCUGCGAUCAGUUGAGUUUUGUGCGUUGUGCGGUUAAGUAGCGCGUUCUGCUCCGGACCCCCCUUUCAGAGCUCACACAGUGAGAUCAAUCAGUGCACACCACCGAACACACACACGCUUACACAUACGCAAGAAGGAUCGAGCGAUCCAUAUUCAGGUUCCGUUAGAGGUCCAGGCUCCAUUCAGCUCAGUUGAGUUUGGUUGAGUUGCUAAGCAGUUGUCCUCCCGGCCACGCCCACUGUGACUUGCUACGUCCCACGCUUUAAGAAUUUGUUAAAUUGUUACACUAAAGCCCCAUAAAGCAAAAUGAGAGAAAUUGUGCAUCUGCAGGCCGGACAGUGCGGCAACCAGAUUGGCGCUAAGUUCUGGGAGAUCAUUUCGGAAGAACAUGGCAUUGACAGCAAUGGCAUCUACGUGGGCGACAGCGAUCUGCAGCUGGAACGUGUCAGCGUCUACUACAAUGAAGCAUCUGCUGUGAGCCGUUCGUCGGGCGGCAAGUAUGUGCCGCGCGCCAUCCUUCUGGAUCUGGAGCCAGGCACCAUGGAGUCGGUGCGUUCCGGUCCCUAUGGCCAGCUCUUCCGUCCGGACAACUUCGUGUUCGGUCAAUCAGGUGCCGGCAACAACUGGGCCAAGGGACAUUAUACAGAGGGCGCCGAGCUAGUGGACAAUGUCCUCGACGUGGUCCGCAAGGAGUGCGAGAAUUGCGACUGUCUUCAAGGCUUUCAACUGACGCAUUCGCUGGGCGGCGGCACUGGCUCUGGCAUGGGCACCCUGCUCAUAUCGAAGAUUCGCGAAGAGUAUCCGGAUCGCAUAAUGAACACCUAUUCGGUGGUGCCAUCGCCAAAGGUGUCCGAUACGGUGGUGGAGCCGUACAACGCCACUUUGUCCAUCCAUCAGCUGGUGGAGAACACAGACGAGACGUACUGCAUCGACAACGAGGCGCUCUACGACAUCUGCUUCCGCACACUGAAGGUUUCGAAUCCGAGCUACGGCGACCUCAACCAUCUCGUCUCGCUAACUAUGUCCGGCGUCACUACCUGCCUGCGCUUCCCCGGCCAGUUGAACGCCGAUCUUCGCAAGCUCGCUGUGAAUAUGGUACCAUUCCCGCGUCUGCACUUCUUCAUGCCCGGCUUUGCGCCGCUCACCUCGCGCGGGUCACAGCAGUACCGCGCCUUGACCGUACCGGAGCUGACCCAACAGAUGUUCGACGCCAAGAACAUGAUGGCCGCCUGCGAUCCACGUCACGGACGCUACCUGACUGUGGCCGCCGUCUUCCGCGGUCGCAUGUCCAUGAAGGAGGUGGACGAGCAGAUGCUCGCUGUGCAGAACAAGAACAGCUCGUACUUUGUCGAAUGGAUACCGAACAAUGUGAAGACCGCCGUCUGCGACAUACCGCCCAAGGGGCUGAAGAUGUCCUCGACAUUCAUUGGCAACACCACCGCCAUCCAAGAGCUGUUCAAGCGCAUCUCCGAGCAGUUCUCAGCCAUGUUCCGUCGCAAGGCCUUCCUCCAUUGGUACACUGGCGAGGGCAUGGACGAGAUGGAGUUCACCGAGGCGGAGAGCAACAUGAACGAUCUGGUCUCGGAGUAUCAGCAGUAUCAGGAGGCCACCGCCGACGAUGAGUUCGAUCCCGAUGUUAACCAGGAGGAGGUCGAGGGCGAUUGUAUUUAAUGGUGUGGCCAGAGGAAUGAGGUGCGUGCGUGAGCGUCUACUGUUUGGUGGCCAGCACGCUUUACUGCGCUCCAUGCGCCA